CCAACGUUAAUUAGAAAUUUCAAUUCUAUUCGACCCAAAACGUGCGAUUUGACGCGAAUUGAACGUCACCGGAAUCGAAUUAACUCCAAUAUCACAGAGCAUUACUAACAAAAAAAAUCAAGUAGUAUAAAAUCAGGAUGUCUUGUAGGACUAUGGACCAUCCAUACCAUCCUUAUCACAGGCAUGUACAGGAUGUUAUGUCUCAAAUUAUGCAAACUACCGCCCCUAGAAUUUAGUGCCAGAGAACACGUUCGAGAACACCCUGUAUAAUAACUGUAGGUACACAAUGAGCAUUGAUAUCUUGAUGACCAGGUCUUCUGAUGUUCGGAGUCUUUACCAGUUAUUUUGUGAAAGUCUGGAGGAAAGCGCGCGCUCGCGGUGCAAGUUGAAAAAGCGGCGCGCUCGAAGAGAAAGUUGACAGUCGCUACCUCAGCCGUCGCGACGCCGGACGUUCGAAUUCGAAGCGCCGCGCUUUCGCAUAUAUGCACAUGUCAGGACGGGCGUUGCAACGGGAGCGGGACUUUUUUCGAAACGGGUUUUUUCGGGCGGGUUUUUUCUACUGCGAACCGGAGAGUAUUUAUAUGAGGGGUGUUCGAUAAAUUGCGUUCGUAUAAAAAAAAUGUGUCGUCGCGUCGGAGUGGAAUUUUGAAGUUUGGAUUUUUUUCGAGGUUGCAACCUGGGUUCUUCCGACCCGCGCAGGUCCAAGAAAGCGACGCGUCGAUCGUCCGCAGGCGUACCGACGACGACGGCGACUUCCCCGGAGGGCGUUGGAUCCGGUACCGCCGCCGUCUCGACGCCCCGUUCGCCCCGGCCGCCGGAGUACGUCGUCAGCGGCCAUGUGCACGCCGGUAUAUCGAACAUAAUGGGAACAGGGCCACAGUGGCUUUCACGGCAUGGAGGUGGAGGUACGCGAAGAGGCAUCUUCAGGACGUUCUUCGCGCUACCCCACCACGCUACUGAGCAACAACACGCCAGAUUAUCCUGUCGCAGAUGCUCCAGUGGUGGUCGUCCGUGUCGAAGAAGUGCUACUGGUGGCCCUGGUGCUGGUCAUCUGGGUGGCGGCCAUAGCGUUGUUCUUCAACCGUUGGGGCAAGAUCCGGAUGCUGGAGCCCUACCAGCCUAAGUUCCAUCAGCAGCCGCACCGGCCGUCGUGCCCGCUGGCGCCGCUCAGCCCGCCCGUCAUGUCGAAUCAAGUGAGCAUCGGCAGCAACGCCGCCGCGGCUCUGCCGACGAGGACUCAGAAAGCUCCGACAGCCAGAAUGUCGUUCUCUAAAUACAACGUCAACGCGUUGACGGACCCGCUGUCCGUCCUUCCGUCUCCGAUCAUCCGCCGCCCCCGGCAGAAUUCGGUAUUCGUCGGCAGCUCGACGGUGGCCAUGCUGAACCCGCCGCCGAGACGCGUCAAAUCCGCCAUCGACAUACAACACCUGGUGGUAAACGAGCACAGUCCAACGGCUUCCCUCAAAGGUAAUAGAAAAGGUUCGAUCAUUCCCAUACUGAACAAGGACCGCCGCCCGUCGCUGAUAACCAUCGAACGGCCGUACUACGCGCGCCACCACCGGCCGUCGAUCAACAUCGAACGGCCGUUCGUCCACCAGCCGCGCUCCAGGAGGCAGUCGUGCUUCGCGGAGCGGUCGCUCGGCCGCCACCGGAACUUCAUCAGCUUCGAGCACGCCGCGGAGAGGCGCGCCCAGCCGUCGUGCAGCUUCCAUCCGACCAUCAGCUUCGAGACGCCGAUGGAGUCGCUGGAGCCGGGCGUGCGGUCGCCGUCGCCGCCGCCGCCGCCGCCGCCGCCGAUCUGCACCGGCGCCAUACCGAAGGCGUCGCGCAGCUUCGAGCACGACAUGAACAGGGACAGGCCGAAGGCGGAGUGGAGCUCGCACAGCUUGGACGUGAGCGCGAUCAGCUUCGAUAGGAGGAGCUCGAUCGUGGAGGAGGAUCGGGGAUCGCCGGUGUUCGUGAAUUUGGAUGAUGUGAAGAUCACGGCGCCGCUGUUGGAGGGGUUGAAAAGUUCCGAUGUUUGAUAAUAGUUGUGAUAAGUAUAAAUAUUUUUGUAUGUAAUAGGUGAAUAGAUUUCUGUUUGGUUCGUGCAAUUGAUGGGUUCGGUUUGGUUUCUUCGGUGCUCGUUCGGGAAACCGGGGCAGAGUAAUAAUAAUAAAAAUCGUUUGCAUCGAUAAGCUGAAAGGGAGACCAAUGAAUUUUAUAAAUUUUAAUCUGUAUACAAUACAAUACUGUAGCAUUAACAACUUUUAAUUGUUGGUACCACAAAAAUAUGUGUCGCGUUACCAUUUUAAUCAACCAGAUAUAUUGAUAAAAAAUGGCAGGAACAAUAAAUUAGGCUUUUAACAAAAGUCUUCAAUUUGGCCCGUUUUACGAUUUAGAAAAAUAAAUUAGACCACAAUAUUUACUGCAGCAAUAUUUUCCAGUACGUUGUUAAAAUAUUUUAAAGCUCGAAUAAAAUUGCCGCAUUUAUACGCUUUUUAGUACCGAAAUAUUAACAAGUUUUACGGGCUCGAAUAAAAAUCUCCACCGAUGGAAGUACCUUUUUUAGAUAUAUUUUGUGUUAAUAUUUAUGAAAUCGGCCCCGAAUCGAUAAUCCAUUAAAUGUGUGUAUUUUACGAAGUAUAAUGUCUAAAUUACGUGCUGUUGUCAAGUAAUAUUUUUUAUAUUAUAUUUCAUUACCUCUAAAUAAAUCAAUAAUAAUAGGAUUGUUGGUAUUUAGCAGUUCAUACAAACAUAAAUUAUUAACUAUAAAAACAGUAUGAGCGUAUGAUAAUACAAUUUAUGCAUUACCUGAAUUUUAAAAAGUCUUGCCUGCCACAUUCUGCAUGAUUCUUUUCAAAAUAAAAUAUCAAAACACUCAGAAAGAGCUCUGGAUAUUUCUUUAACAAACAAACGAAGCCAAUUUUUCGUCGACUUCAAAAGAAAUAAGAAGCUUAAAAGGACGCCCUUUUAUAAAGCUCUCUACUUAGAAGUAAAGUUUAAUAAACACUUUUAAAGAUCCUAGACUCUUUUUUUGAACAUGCGAUGAGACGCAAAAGUUAAUAUCAAACUAAUCUAAUACAUGAAUAAUAAUUUUGAACAUUUUACCGUGAUAAAAUCUAUUAUUUAUAGAGAAUACUGAUGGUUUUUCGGUAUUAUCCAUGUUGGUUCUAAAAGGUAUAUUUUUUGCUCCGGCAUAAACAUAGGGAACUUUCGUUUAACAUACAUACAUUCGUAGAAAUGUUUGCACUCUCGCCAUGCGAACAUUUAAUCAUGGAUUAUUAAUGGAUUAUUGAUUGAAACCGAUAAAAGUUUAACGAAAUUUCGUGUUCCAGUUUACGGAUAGAAAAGUACUAACAUCAGAGACACGAAGCAAAUGUUAUUCACUCUAUUUAUUUUCACAGAGAUGCUCAAUGUGUAUUUUUUUACAAUUUGAAUUGCUGACGUAAAAUUAACAUUUAAUUCAAAUUUAUUCAUUAUAUUAGAUAGAAACGUUUGCUUAAAUGAAGGUACAUUUUCUUAAAUUUAAAUUUUUAAAUACCUAUCUAUAAUUUAUUAACCUCAUUAGGAAUUUUGCAUGGAUAUUAUAACAAAAUUGUAGAUUAUAAACGACAACUAGUUUUAGCAUAUCAUAAUUCAUAUUCAUUAUCUAGUUUGUUUUAAUAUUCAAAUAAUACUCAAUGAGAAUGAUUCAUUAAUAAAAGCCGUAUAGAAGGUUGAAUUCUAAGGUUUACGAUAAUAAUAAAUAAACAAGUAUAAACGUAUGUACAGUGUACAGGGUGCCCCAACACAAACGCCAAAUUUUGGUCCACCCUGUAACUUAGCGAUAAUUAUUUUUUUAAAUGUAGCACAAUUAAAUUACAUUUUCUUACUGCACGAUGAAAUAAAGUCUUUUAAGUUAGCAAAAGGAGUGCUCAGUUGAAACGAGUGGAGGGCAAUUUUCGAAAAAUCACCCUCGGCUGUUUACUGAAAAGCAUGAUUUAUUAAAAUUUUGAUGCUUCGAGAACCGUGGAUCAAUGAUGAAAACAUCCAUCCGAUCUUUUGUACAAAAAUUUAACUCCUAUUCUAAUAUCCCAUGUUCGUAGUAAAAUUAUAUUUAAAUUGUGAUAUAUAACCGUAUAAACGAUAUUUAAAUAGGACCAAUUAGAUUUAACUGACGGAAACGAAAUUGAAAUAAUUACAAUUUUAGCUAUCAACUUAAUAAAAAAUUAUUAAACCAUGAAUAUUUUAUACUUCUUCGUAUUAAUUUUUGAUUAUUGUAAUUAACAAUUCUAAUAGAGCGUUACAAAAUAUAUUUCAAUUAUCAAGUGCUAUUAAAACGUGAUAGCUGGUUGCAAUUAUUUGAAAUUUAUGCAUACUACAGUUAACAAUUAUUUUGUUAUUUGAUUACACAAUUUACUUACAAAUUUAAUAUUCCAAUUGUAUAAUUCAACGUCAAUGUUUACGAAUGAAACAAAAAUAUAUUUUUAAACUUCAAAAUUCUACUUUUUAGCGUUAAAAAGCAUAAAUAACUAUUUAGACCAAUACUGUUAAUAAAUACAUAUUAUUUAAAAAAAGAAGUGAUAGAAAAGUCUAUUUAAAAUUUAGAAAAUGUUAGAAACUAUAUACUAUUUACCUACUAAUAAGCGACAUUAUAUUAAUGUAUUGGUACUGAGAUAUUGUUAAUAAUUAGAUCAACGUAAAUUAUCAAAACGUUUAAUAAAAAUAUAUCUAAA